UAAUUAAUUCUUUCUUUAAUUCAUGUCUUGCUGUUAUUGACUGGUGAUGUUUUUAAAUUCUGCUUCAAAGGGAUUGAUCCCAACCUUUGAUGAGUUGCUGCCUGGCAUAGACCACCGGUUUUGUGUCAGGCACUUAUAUAGCAACUUCAGAAAAAGGUUCCCAGGUGUUCAGCUAAAGAUUAUGAUGUGGAAGGCUGCAAAGGCAACAUAUGUCCAGGAAUGGGAGAGGAGGAUGAAGGAGAUUCAGCAGGUUGAUCAAGGAGCUUAUAAUCAUCUCAUGGAGAUCCCUGCCAAGUAUUGGAGCAAGUCCAGGUUUAAUUAUUUUUCUAGAGUGGAUACACUUGUUAACAACAUGUGUGAGUGUUUUAACUCUGUUAUUGUAGAGGCUAGAGAGAAACUGAUUGUUUCCAUGCUAGAAGACAUUAGGGUUUAUCUAAUGAAUAGGUGGUCUGAUAACAGGCAAAGUAUAGUAACAUAUGCCGGAGAAAUAUUGCCAAAAAUAAACAAGAAAAUUGAAAGGGAGUUUGAUAAGGGUGGGGAGUGGCUGGCCAUAUAUGCUGGUAGGGACAAAUAUGAAGUGUCUAGCAGUCAGGGUAAUAGAGCCAAGUUUGUUGUGGACUUAAACUUACAUGAGUGCUCCUGUAGAAAAUUUCAACUAACAGGUUACCCUUGUGAGCAUGCCAUGAGCUGCAUUAGGAAAAUGUGUCUAGAUGUUAAGAACUAUGUCAACAAGUGUUAUAGGAAACAGACCUACGUGGACUGCUACCAACAUGUAAUCUACCCACUGAAUGGACCAAAUCUCUGGUCCCGGACUGAGAAUGAUGAUGUGCUGCCACCAGUGUUUAGGAAACCAAUAGGGCGCCCAAAACUGAGGAGGAACAAGACUGGUGAUGAGCCACGCAACAAUGGACCACUGUCUAAGUUAGCAAGGACUGGACAACAACAAAAAUGUUCAUAUUGUUUUGCACUUGGUCACAACAAAAGAACCUGCCCUAGAAAACGUAAGAUGGAGGCUGCAGCAAAAAAGCAGAAUGCAACUGCACAAGCCAAGAAAGGGGCCAAGAAAGGGGCUGGCACAACUAGGACUCCAAAACCCAACAAGAUCCCUGCCAAGACAACAACACAGCCAGCAACAAGACUUCAGCCAAAGAGGAAGAGCAGUACACAAGUUGGAGGAAGCCAGGAGUCACAGACAUCAUCCAAGAGAGCUAGAUGCAGCAGCAGUGCCAGUCAACCACAACCAUCAAUAGCAACAGUCACUAGCCCAUCAAGGAGGUCCCUGAGGUUCAUGGCAAAAACACCACCUAGGGCCUGGAAGGCAUUGGGAUGAAGAACAUAGUAGAUUUUAGUGAUUCCAUCUGUUUUGUAAUGAAUCUGUCAAUGACCAAGGACUAAUGUCCCUGUGAUACUUUAGACACCCUACUUUAAGACUACUACUGUUAUGUUGAUCUCUUUUGUGUUGUUACCUUUUCAUGGUUAUAUUUAAGGCUUGUUUGGAUAUUGUUAUGGUUAAGAGAAGCUACUUUAAGACUUCUCCAUUAUCUAAUGAAUUACAUGAAUUUUCAGCAGCAAA